UUUUUUUUUAUAGUUGACAUGUAUUUGAACAUUUACGAAUUGAAACUAUGAAUAUAUGUUCCAUAUGAUCAUAUGGUUCAAUGAGAAAAAUAUUGUAUCCAGGGAAUUUUCCUGGUAAUCUUUUGUCGUUGGUGAAGUCAUCUUCCCAUUGUGCAUUCGAGGGGUUUUAUGAUUCGCGAACAGAAUUUUUUUGCCGUCGUAUCCCGGACACAGUAUUCGAGUCGAUCGAUUAUUUUUAGAUCUUUUAGCUCUUUAGUUUACUGUAUUUUAGUGAUUGUCGGUCAAUCAUAUUAGUAGUCUUAUCAUGUCGUGUUAGUAGUAAUUCAAUCGUAUUUGUGAUGUUGCCCGAAAAUGGUUUGUAUAGACGAAGUAGUUGCUUACUUCAAAACACUUAAAAGCUACGAACGGCUUUGGAUGAUGUGUAGACUCCAAAGCCACUGUCUUCCAAUUGAGUUGAGGUACCUCGGCACUUGUUUAGAUAGCUUGUCUAAGAGAGAUAUUCAUAUUUUGAAAAAGUUGGAACUCGAAGCGAACGAUCCAGCCAACGUUAGUGAAGUAGCUCGUCGUUGUAUUUGCGAUAAAACUGUCAGGGCAGCGGUCAUUAAGUAUUUGUCUGUAUUAAACACAAAUAGUACUAAGUGCUCGGAACUAAUUUAUACGGCCUUAACAGACGAAAAAGGUCUACAGCGCAUAUUCAAGUGUCCAAAAGCGUUCUUCAACGAUAAAAACGCAUUUGAAGAGCUUAUGGUAUUGUAUACAUUGGCUGUAAAUCAUCCAGCAUUUUUAUUUGAACAAAAAACUCAACUAGAUAGUAUAUUCAAUUGUAUCAAGAAAGAAAAAGAAAGACAGUUAUCUAAAAACAAAGGCGUUGAUCAAGAUACAGAAUCUACUGAGAGUUUAGAGGUAUGUAUAAUAUGUUAGGUUGUCAAAUAAUUUUCUUAUAUAGGUACCGACAUUUAAUUUAAACUAAUUUAUGAAAUAAAUUAUAAAAACAAAUAAUUUUUUUUAUUAUAAAUCAUUAAGUGUGUACAAUUCAUAAUAAUGAAUAGUAAUACGGUGUACUUGUUUUUUUCUGUUUGUACCGAUAGCAGUGAGGACUCUGUUUUCACAAUACUUUCCCACUGUUGCGUCGUUAAUUAAAGAAAAUUCAAUAAGUGGUCUUGAAAUUCUGUUUUCCCCUUCAUGGGGCAAGCUCACAUUAACUUAGGAUACUAUUGAAUGUGGUGUACUUAUAUAAUAUAAUAUUACGUUAUUAUUAAUUUGAAUAAAUCUAUUAAAAAAUUGUAAAUGUUCAAAUUUAUGGCUGUAAUAUAUAUGUAUAUUUUAAAAGUAUAGCCUAUAUUGAAAUUACAGUACCUAUUAACAUUCCAUAAAAAUUAUUAAAAUAGUAGUAAUUAUAUUAACUAAGUAUUCUCGUAUAUUUAAUAAGUACCUACUUAUAUCUUUGGUUCUAUACCAACUUAAUAAAUGAAAUAAAUUGUCAUUUAUAAAUUAAUUUAUAUUGUUUCGUAUAAACAUUUUACAAGCAAUAAAACGAAAUUAAAAAUAUUUGAAUACCUUGUAAACAUUUGCUUUUAAUUUAUCUAAACUUUACAGUAUUAAAUAAUAAAAUAUUGAGUAAUAUUUAAAUCAGUAGAUAAUACUAAAAAUACAGCUUUUAUAGAGCUUUUGAAUUAUAAUUUAUAAAUUAUAAAUCUGUAUUAGUUUUCGUAUCAUAUCCAAUACAUUUUAAAAGAUAGUAAUUAUUUAACAACAAUUACUUUUAAGUGAAUUGUUGUAUGUGUUUUAUAUUUAUUGUCUGCGCAACUCAUUUGGAAAUUAACAUACGCUUAGUUAAACUUAUUAUAUUCUUCAGUAAGUACUUAAUUUAAAUAUUAUAUAGGUAUCUCUUUCAAUAUUAAACUCUCGAAAAAGUGACUUAUAUAAAUAUUUUAUUUUUUGGUACUUACUAAAUUAUUUUCAGAUAUUUCUAAGCUAUUAAUUAUUUAAAUAUAAAUAAAAGUAUAAUUUAGUUAAUGGUUUAGUAGAUAUUUUAUUGUUUGUUAUGCGGGUGAUUGAAAAUAUCAUACUUGAAAGUUAUUAUCAUUUUAUUAAAAAAAUAUCUUUAUUUUAAUGUUUAUCUUUUAGUACUUUUGAUUACAUAAUAACAUUUGUUUAAAAUGGAAUCAAUUUUAUUAGAAUAUUAUAUUGCAUUACAAUAUGUAUCUAAUUGUUUCUUUGUCUUCAAAUUAAUUUAUACUUGCUAGGCAAAUAUAUAAAUUUAAGAAUUUUUAUUAUGCUAUGUUUUGCAUGAUUUUUCAACUAUUUUUUUUUUUUAUAAAUGAAUUAUAAAAACUAAAAGAUUGUAUUAAUUUUACAGUCUUUUUCUGUUUUUUUUUUUCAGUUUUACAAUUUAUUUAAUCAUGUGUUAAUGCAUCUAGCAUGAAUAUUUGACAUUCGAUUUGUAGAAUUAAAUAUUUUAUAUUAUUUUUUUGUUGGAACAUGGCACAUAUUUAUCUAUUCUUUGUUAAUUUAUGAUGAAAUAUUAUUUAGAUAAACAGUAUGUACUUAAUGUACUUAUUAAUAAUUUUAAUUAACUAACAUUUUAAGGAAUAUUUAACUAUAUAUUUUAUGAUUUAAAUUAUAUUUGUGUCUAUCUACUUAUUUUCUUUAUGCAGCAUUCAUAUGAUCUAGUCGUGUUACCAGCAAAAUUGGACUAUUUCUAACAUCUGUGAUUGGCUUAAAAACUACAGCGUGAAUAUCUUCACUGCCAAAGAUCACAUUUCUAUAAUAUGUACGUAUUUUAUCAUGAAUAGGUAGCUGAGAAUAUUUUAUCUAUUCAUAGGUAUUAGGGCUUUGAACCUUAAGAGGGUGUGAUACACUGAUACCUGCAUGAGGUCUUAUCUCCAUUUUACAAACAUACAAUAUAUCAAAAUUGUAUUCAGUAAGGAUAAUAUUGUGCUGUUAAUUUUAAUAUUUCAGUGAAUUGACCUAUUAUCAAAUUUAAAAAUAAGAACAUUAUUUUGUGAAACAAUGUCCCCAUUUUUUCUUUUGGUAUUUAAAUGUUUAAGAGAGAUAUGAGUGGAUAUGUGAAAAAUCACAAUUUAAUAAUACUAAUAUCUCACUUGAAAAUUAAAAUAUUGAAAAAAAUAGCUCCAAUAUUACAAAUUUGCUAUGUAAUAAAUUUGUAAGAUUGAGACAUUAUGUGCAGUAUCACAUUCUCAUAAGGAUUUGUACCCACUUUUGUGAUAAAUGUUACAUUACCAUUAUGAUGAUUGUGACAAUAAUAUUGUUUUUUGAAACCAUGAAUAUAUUUUGUCUCUAAAAUCACUGUAUUAUUAGCAUUUAUCGCUGAAAUGUGGACAUUUUUCAAUAAUAAUAUUUUUGAUAAAUACUUUUUGGGUUUUUGGUACCUACAUAUAGUAAAUUACUAAAAAUUAAUAUUCUUGUUUUCAUUAAAAUAUUAAUUAUUUUAGUGAAAUUUAGACAAUUAUUUAAUAAACAUUCAAUUAUUUCCUAACCACUUUAAAUAAUUUUAAUUUUAUAUUGUUUAUUUAUUUGAUAAUAUAAAUUUCUAUAUUUGUUUGAUUUUUUUUUUUUUUUGCAUGCGAUUUUAACAAUUUGUUAAGUAUAUAUUUAUAAAUACAAAAUGUUAUGCAGGUUGAUAAUUUUUAACAAUUGAAUAAUUUUCAUAAUAUUCAAAUUAACUCAUUUUGCCUCUACUAAUCUUAAAUAUCAUAGAAAAAAUCAUUUUGUAGUUGUCAUUAUUUAUUAUUGAUAUUUCAUGUUAUAUAAUUUUGUGGUUCAGGGUCUUAAUUUAAUUUAUGUUUAAAGCCCCAAUUUGUAUAUAUUAUAUAAGUUAUUCAUUUGAGAAUAGUAUCAUAAUAAUGGUAGAAACUAAAUUAAUUAGUAGUGCAAUUUCAAAAUUGUGUUGUUAAUAGUUACAUAAACCAUGACUGAAUAAUUCACAUUUAAAAUAUGUAUUUAUUAAUUAAAGCUAAAUUAAUUUGAUUGAUUUUUAUUUUAACUCAAAGUGCUAGUAUUGCUCGAGUUAUUUUAGAACAUUUUGUGAAUUGACUACUUCUAGUUAUAAAUAUUGAAAUUCAAUUUUUAUUUUAAAAUUAAAAAAUAGUACUGAAUUUAAGUUUAAUAUUGAGUUUACUUUAAACAUUAAUUACAUACUUAUAUGCACAAAAAGAAAAAACAGUUUUGGUUAAUAAAUAAUAUACAAUACAUAAGUACAUAUACAUAUUUUUUUCAAUUAAUUAUGGAAACAACACAGUUUAUUAUGAAUUAUAGACACUAGACAGUAUUAUAAAAUUAUAAUUAUCAUAACUAAUCAGUUAAUUAUUUAUUUAUUUUAGUGCACAUGUAAUACAAAAUUGAAUAUGUUUUAUUAAUUACAUAUAAUAUUAAUGUAAGUUCUAUUUUAUUAAAUAAACAAAUUAAUUGAUUUUUUGAAACUCAUUAAAACCCAUUAAAAUAAAUUUCAAAGCUUUUGAAUUAUACAGUUUACUAAUGUGUAUUUUUUAACAAAAUAUACACAGGUACCUACUACUUAUUAUUAAUUUUUAGAUUCUGGGUGGAGUGAAGAAUCUUAUGAUCUUACAAAGAUGUUUAUUUUUUUUUGCUCCAAUUUAUAAUGAUGGCAAUUUUUCUAAAAGGAAAUCUGACUCGGGAGGUAUUUAAAAAGGUCAUUUUUGAUUUUCCCAGCAAAUGUGAAAGAUGUAGGAAAACAAGAAAAUGAACAUAAAUAAAUAUUAUUAAAGAAAAUAUAUAAAGCCUAUUUAAUUAUUUUACUAUAAUAUGACAUAUAUAUAUUGUUGAUGGAGCAUCACUAUCAACUGAACUCUGCUCAGAAUCGUUUUUUGUUAGCAAUGGUUUAUCAUUGAUUACAGGUUUACAUUACAUUACCCAUAUCGGUGGCUGCACCUGUCUCCAUUAUCCUAGGAUGUCAUUUUGUUUUUUAAAAUUUAUGAUUAUAUUAAAUUAAAAUUAAUUUGAAAAUAAUUACAUAAAAAAUAAAGUACUCUACCUCAUACCAUAAAUAAUAUAUAAUAUAUAAUUUCAUGUUAAUUAAACAAUUAUUAUAUGAGAAAGAUUAAUGGAAUCAAUUUUAAAAUUUAAUAUUUAUUAUAAGUAUAAUCAUUGAAUAUCUGAUCAUCUAUAGUUAGUAAUAUUAAAAUGUAUAAUAUAGGUUUUUGAUUAUAAUGAUGUUAAGAUAACAGAUAAUUUAUUGAUUAUUUUUGAAGAUUUUCUCAAAAUGUGAAAUUGUAAAACAUAAUUUGUUUUAUAUAUAUAUCACCUAUUGUAUAUAAAAUUAUGAUUUAUGUUUCAUAAAGUCACCUUAAUUUAUUUAUUUAUUAGUUAUUAAAAAUUAAUGACCAACAUUUUACGAAUAUUAUUUUUUGCCAAUCACUAGUCAAUACCAAAUUUAUUUCAAAACCACCAAUAAGAUGAUCUAACACAUAUUGUAAAUAUGUGUAUUUAAAAACCCAUAUAUAUUUUAACAAUAUUGUUUUUUACAUAACACUGACUAUUUAAUAUUUAAAGAGUUAAUGUUUUUAAUUUAAAUAUUAUACCUAAAUUAAUAUAUUCAAAUACAAAACGGAAAAUUUGUAACUAAUUAAUAGUUAUAAAUAAUUACUUUGACAAUAUUACUGAAUAUCAAACAUUAAAAAUCAAAAGUCAAAUUGAUUAUUUAGGUAAUCAUGUAACUGCUUUAUUUAUGUAGAUAAGAAAAAAAUACAUAUUUUUAUCUAGACAAUGCACAACACUUGGUAGUAUACAAAUAUAUUUGAUUUCUAAAAAUAUGUUCCAUAAAACUAAAAUUGUUAUCUAAAUUUAGCUAUUAUGCAUAUAAAAGAAAAUAAACAAAAAUAGUAUUCAUUUUUCAAACCAAUAGAUCUUAUUUUUCUGGAAUGAUUUAAAAUCUAGAAUAUAUUUAUUAUAUACCUACUUCAUAUUUUUUUGUUCUAGAGUAUUAACACAAUGAUUCCACCACCCAACUUUAUGUACCAGCCAGCUCAUGGGGGAUCAAAUUAUCCACUGAAUAGGAAUGGUUAUUUAUAUCCACGUCAUUGUAAGUACAAUUUAAAUUAGUUAGAAUAAUACAAUAAACAAAACGCAUGUUUAUGUUAUUUCAGAUUAUCCGUUUCCUCCUAUGAAUGUACCACCAAUGCAAGUUUGUUACGACUAUCCACCACCUUCAGCAGUUUCGGCAAUACCCCGAGCACCACAUCAGCCAAAUUUUGCAAAAUCUUCAAGUCCUGUUUCAUGGCAUCCACGCACAUUCCAAAUAAAUCCACGCAAUCAACCACCAAAUGCAAGUUCAAAACAAAGACAUCCUACUCCACCUAGAUAUCGCAGUCCACCGGACCCAACUUAUCCAUUUGCGCAAUCAUGGAACAAUUGGAACAUGUAUCAAAUGUCUCCUCAUAAUAUGUAUACUCAUUAUAAUUACCCCCCUGGAAUGGUAAAUAGCAAUAUAUACUUAUAAUUAUUUAAAAUCAGUAUUUUAGAUAUUGAGACAAUGGACUUGCUAGAUUUAAUACACCUUUUAGUCGUAUAAAUAUUUUUCAUUCUAAUUUAGUUCUUGUAAAACUGGUAUAUGUCAAAUAAUGCAUAAAAUAUAAUUUAAGAAUUGGUAUGGUUCUUUUAUUAAUUAAGUAUUUCUUAAAAAUAAAAAUAAAAGAUCAACUCAAAUUAAUUUUUUUAAAUUAAUUUAUGGAAUAUUGAAGCACAAUUUUAUUUUUAAUCAUCAAUUUUGUUUAAAAAAUCUAUGAUAUAAUUAGUUUUAUAUUUAUAAACCAAAUUAAAUUUUAUUAUUUAAAAUAUUUUUUGUAUAAAACAGUUUAAAUUGAAUUUGCUUUAUUUUAUUUUAGAUAAUAUCCUAUUAAUACCUACUUAAGUUUUUUUUUAAAUUCAUAUUAUGAAUAUAUAUGACAUAUUAAGAAGUUAAAAUUGUGUAGCUCUAUAAAACUAAAAAAUGUAUUUUAAACCUAGCAAAAAAUCAAUAAAAAUUUAAAAUGAAGUACCAAAAGUCCCAACAAAAAGUACCUAAUCUACUUUAAAAAACCAACAAAAAAUAUAUAUUAAAUAUAUUAAUUUUGUUUUAUUUGUAUUAUUUAAUGUAUACAGUUAAAUAUACAUAUAACAUAACAUUAAUUAUGUAAUUAACAUUACAUGUGUUUAUAUUCAACGUUACAGUAAGUUUAAUAUCCUAAACUAUAUACAAAUACAUAACAUAAAAUUGUAAAAAAAAAAUAAUUAAUAAUAUUAAAAAAAUCAACUAAAAUUUUCAAGAACAUUUUAAAAAUAAAGCAAAAUAAAAUUUUUCCAUGUUAUUCUAAUUAUAAAUUAAAUUUAUAUUUAACAUAGUUUCAUUCUAGACUAGUAAAAAAAAAAAUCAAAUUCUUACAAAAUCCUAAUUAUAACUAUGAAUCAAAUAAUACAUUCAGAACUAUAAUAAAUUAAAUUGUUUUGAUUUAUUUAAAUUAGGUUCCUUCUUACUAUCCUGAAAAUACUAUGGGACGCAGUUAUCAAGGAUAUGGUUCAAAAAGUAAAUACUCAACUGUAAAUCGAUCUCAAGAUCAAUAUAGGAGUCAAGUGCCAACAGUGCCUGUGGUAUAAAAUUUAGUUUUUGGUUUGUGUAUUAAUUUAUAUUAAUUUGUACAUUUAUUUUUUAUAAUAGUCAACAACUCCAAAUAAGACAGAUAACAUAGACAAGAGUACUAAACCUAUUUUUGCAAAUGCUACAACAAAUACUCCUGCUGAAAAUGAACCGAUAGUUGAGACAGCAUCAUCUUCAAAAUCAACUGAAGUUUACCAUCAAAGUAGUUCUUCUACAAUUAUUAAUUCAGCCAUUACUGAUAAUGCUGAUUGUCCUCAACCCAUAGUUGAAAAUAGUUCAAUAUUUGGAGGUCCUAACACAGUUCAAUCUACUACUGAUGCAACAGAAAAUAUUUCUAAGACCGUUUUUGAAAAUAAGGCAAAAGAUGAUAAAGUUGUACCAACAACUUCAAAAGUUCAGUCUGAAUUACCAAAAACAUUCACACCAUCUACCAAUUCACAAGAAGCACAGUGUUCAGACAUUACAGUGCAAUCAAGUACUUCCCAAGGGCCUUCUAAUGAACUAGAUACAACUAUUGAUUUAUCUUCACUUUCGGCUGAGUUAGAAGAUGGAAAACUUACUGAGGAAAAGUAUACUUCUGUGGAUAACAAAUCUAAUUCUGAUUGCCAACCACAGAACUCAAGUAUUAUAUUUUACAAUAUGAUUAAUUUUCAUAUAUCUACCCCAGAGAAAAAAUGCUGAGAUAGAGCAUGGUAUGAAGAGAAAGGAAUCAGAAUCAAUAAAAAUUUUAAUGAAAUUAAAAAUAGGAUGAAAGAGGGAAAGAAAAAAACCAAAAAUGUGAUUUAAUGUGAUUAAAUAUAUGAGGAUAGCUGGUGAAUAGGAGGUGGGAGAUCAGGUCAAAUGGAAGUUUAGGACACAGGUGACCUCUAAAUAAUUGGAAUGAAGAUGAAGAAGAAUAGUUUUUUUUUUAUAAGUUACAUUACAUUGAUUUGUAAAAAAAAUUUAUUAGCUGUGUACAAUAAAUAUUUAUUUUCUUAAUUUUUUUGUUUUUUUAGAAAUUCCAUUGCAGCAUGAAACUAAUGUAAGAAAAGAAUACGGAGUAAAAGGAAUGAUAUCUGAUGCUACAACAAAUUCAAUAAGUACUCCAGUAACUACUGCUGCAUAUAAUACACAAGGCAGUAAAUACUAUAAAGGUCGUCCAAUACAGUCUCAACCAAUACAGUCUCAACCAAGGCCAACUAUAAGAGAUGGGAAUUUAAAUAAUAGUUACAAUAGGUAAAAUGCAAUUAUAUAAUUGGUUUUUUUAACAAUAAUAUAUUUCAUCAUCACAUAAUUAAGAAAAAAUUAAUAUGUACAAAAAACAAAAUAAUUUUUCAAAAACUGUGCAAGUACAUGUUUGACACUUUCAACUUUGGGUUCAAAUAAUAUCUAUACAUUUUAACAUGUUUCAAUUUUGACCUAAUUAGUAAACUUAUUUUGUUCAAAAUAAAUUUUGUUAGAUAUAUGUUUAUAAAGUACUACUUUCUUGAAUUGUUUCAGAAUUAUGAAUCACAAUGUUAGGAAUUUAAAGGGGGUGUCAUAUGAUGACACAUGUCGCAAAUUAGUCAUCUGUAUCAAAAUUGUCACAGAAGAACUAUUAUUGUGCUUUUAAAGACCUUUUGAAUUUUGUAUAAUGUAUCAUAAUUUAUACGAUUUUAUUCAAUUUUAAACUUCAAAUGCUUAUAAAAAAAAGUUAAAUUUGAUAGCUUUUUUCUGCCAAAAAAAAGAAAAAGAAAAAUAGAACAGUAAACCUCUCAAAAGUUAUUAUAAGAGAUGUCUACAUUCAAUUUAUCCAGCUAUCUGCAGUACUGUUCCAUUUGAUUCCACUCUACAAUCCCACCACAGAUCUUUUUCAAUUUACUAUUCAUGUAUCAAUUAUAACAGCAGUACUUUACUUACAACAAUUUAAAUUUGUUUUUUAGUCAUAAUUUACCUGGAAUGUCUUACCCUAGAUGACUAGACUUCCUACUCCAUGGAUGGUUGAAUGCAUUUGUAGGCCUUUGUUGUUGCUACUCUCUCUAAAAAUAGAUGUCAUAAUUUGAAUUUCAGUGACUAGACUGUAUUCAUAUAUUAAUUGGUAGGGUGUGUAUAUCAACAGCCUGCUUGAAGCAACGCCUGUAUUCCCUACUAAAUAAUUAAUCGAAACAAUAGCUAAUGAGUUGUCAUUGUUACAAAUCUAAAAUUCAAGUUAAUUGAUUAGGAGUUUUUAAUUUUUUUUGUAUAGCAUAGAACUUGUAGCAAAUAUGCAUAUUAUAAUUACUUUAGUUACUUUAAUUACUGAGUAUUUAAAAACAAAACAAAAAUUCCUUUAUGAUUUUAUGAGUGUAUGUUUGUUUUAGUUUCAGAAAACCUGUGUCAGGUCUUGUACAAUCAUAUAAUGAACCUGCAAGAGAAAAUGCACAUAGGCCUCACCCUAAAAUACCAAACAAUGGUCAACAGUACUAUACCAUGUCUUAUGAUAACGGAGCUAGUGCUCGACCUUAUAAUACUCAAACAUACUAUGUUCAUCAACCUCAAACAUCUCAACCAAUGACUAGUUAUUCUUCUGUACCACGGCCAUAUUUACCUCAACAACAUAUUGUUCAGUCUCCUGAGUAUCAACAAGUCUAUCAACAGCCUGAGUUUCUUUAUUAUCCAUCAUCUUCUCAAACAUUUUAUACAACACCAGUGUUAAUGCAACCUCAAGUAUUGGCCUAUCAUCCGCCAAAAGUAUCAUGCUACAAUUGUGGAGGGCAGAAUCACACAGGAGCUGAAUGUACUGAAUUGACAAUGGAAGAAUUAACAAGUAAAGGUAGAUUUUAACAAAUUUAAAAUUAGUAUUUUAGAAAGUAGGUAUUCUUUUCUUGAAACUAAUUUUAGAUUCUGAGUGGAACAAGGAAUGUAUUGGUUUUACAAUGAUUUAAAUGGUAAAACCAUUAAAAUGGUUUUACCAUUUUACCAUAAUAUGACAUAUUAUAUAUUAUUGAAAAAGCCACACUAUCAACUGAACUCUGCUCAGAAUUUUUUUUCGUUAGCAAUGAUUUAUUGUUGCUUACAGAUAUAAAUUAAAUUCCCAUCUACAUUAGUGGCUGCACCACAUGCUAAGUAUGUCCAUUCUUUUUUAUGUUUACUUUUAUUAAUAUUUCAUAAGUUAAUUUUUUUUAUUAUUUAGAAUACACACAUUACCAAUUUACUUAAUACAUAGUGACAUAAAAGAAAAAGGAAUUUUUACCAUUCCGCAUUGAAUUGUAUUGGUAAUAUAGGAAAUUCAUUUACUAGCCAUUCACUUUUAUUUCAUAUUUCAGUAGUUUCCACAAGUACCUAUUCUAUAGUUUGCACAUUUGUAUUUGAAUUGAAAAAUCAUGUUUGAUGAUACACAGUAUUAUGAAUUUAUCUUCCAUUAUUUAAUAAUAAUAAAAGCUUUUCAUUCAUCUUAGUGAAUUAUAAUUUGGAUUUAAUCCUACUUUGGUUUUAAUUAUAUCAAGUUAGUAACUCUAUUAUGUUUAUAAAAAAUAAAGAAGUUGUUCCAAAAUAUUGUCUUUUUUACAAAUUAUAAAUCCAUGAUACAUACACACGUGUUCUGUAAUUUUAAACCAAUGUAGACCAAUUGGACCAUUUCAAAACUUAAGAAACAAAAUUAUUUUUAAAUUUUUUUUAUUUAAACGGUAAAUGAAUCUUUAUAAAUAUCAUUCAAUAAAAAUAUUUGUACAUACAAUGCAAUAUAUAUAUAUAUACACACACACAAAACUUGUGUGGGGUUUUACUUCUAGUGAAACAACCCCAUUCUUAAUCUAAUAAUUAGUCUAAGUUAAAUGGCUUCAGUUGUUUGAUGUCCUGCGAGUUGUCGAGGAGUUGUAUGGCAGCCAUAUUUGUGUGGAGCUCCAAUCUUGCAUGUUUGCGAGCAAACUGGGUAAUUACAUCCUUUCAUACCAUUUUCAAAUCGCUGUGGAUGAUGUCAUUUUUAUCAUACCGAUAUGCUGUGACGAAUGCUUUGGCAUCUUUGCAUUAUUUCGAUAUUGGACACAACCCCACAGUUGAAUACCAUAAAUCCAAAUCGGUUUAAUUAUCGAUACACACAAUGUUGAUACAUACAUGCUGGUAAAGUCUAGCUGGGAGUGUCCUCCAACUAGCCAGUAAAUGUUGAGCAUUUUUUUGUUUGAUUUGCAACUUUUUCUGGCGUACAUGUUUCCAGUUAAGUCAUGAAUCAAGAUGCAUUCCCAGAUAUUUCGUUAAUUGGAAUAUCAGCCGUAUAGAGUAGGUACAAAAUAGGUCUAAGAAUGCUACCUUGAGGUACUCCAGUUGAUAUACUCUUCCAAUUAGUUAUCGCUUCUUUGUAUCUGAUGCGAAAAUGUCUCAGCUAAAUAUGAUUUGAGGAGUGCACACCAUGUGUGCAGAAGCUACUCACGGAGUUUGAACAAUAGGCCUUUGUGCAAAACUUUGUCAAAAGCUUGGGCUACAUCCAGGAAUACUCCACAACAAUAAUUUUUCUCGUCUAACGCCUUACUGAUCAUGUUUGUUACGUGAUGAACUUAGUAGAUAGUCAAGUGUUUUUUUACGAAAUCCAAAUUGGUGAUCUGGUAUAAGUUGCUUUGCUUCAAUAAUUGAGUAAGACCCUUGAGAAGUUUUUCAAAUAGUUUUGACAUGUAUGGUAGAAGUGAUAUCAGUCGAUAAGAGGAGGCUUGUUCGGGUGGUUUUGAUAUAAAAUACCCAUAGUAGUAUUAUGAUUAUUAGCAGGUACAACUCUAUCAAAUUCUUCUGGAAUUUAGUGUACACAAUUAUUAUCAGUGAUUUACCUACUAAUAAAUUUAACAUUUUAAAGCAUUUUUAUAUUAAAAUACAGUGUUAAAUUAAUAAAUAAUGAAAAUAACAAAUAUUAUUUAUUUACUUAAGUAAACCAUUUUUAAAAAGUCAGGGAAAAUUCAAAAUGGAAUUUUGUAGCAAUCAUGAUAGCUAAGUAAUCUAUUUUUAAUUAUUUUCUAAAUAUUUUAGCAACAUUAAAUAUUAAGGUGGUGUAUAGUUGAUAGUUAAUAAUCUAUUUUAAGUAUUUGGCCAUUUUUGUGAACUGGAGUUAUUAUAGAAAUAUUGCAAGACAUAUAGCAUUAGGUUUUGAGAUAUAGAUAAAUUAAAAAUGUGAGGUAGUGGAUUACUGAAGAUUACACAAUUAUUUUUUACUAAAUCACUUGUUAUUUUAUUACUGUCCAAAAUCAGGUAUGUAAACAAAAUGAAGUUUGGACCCCUCCCAAAAAAAAAACAAAGUGGCUAUGUGCCUGUCCAGAGUUAAACUAUUUUGUAAGCUAGAUACUUUAAUUAGAGAGAUUUUAAUUUUUCACCUGUGGUUAUUAUAUCAAAUUUACUUAAAUUAGGUUUACCAGGCUUACUAGGUAAAUAAUCAUAUUGAAGUGUCUCAAAUAUUUUUUAAGACCAAUAUUAAGUGGGUGCUUUCUAACUUUGACAUGAAAUAGUUAUAUUAUCCUAAAAAAAUAUUAAUCUUUUAAUUUAUUAUUAAUUCUUAGGAGAUUCAAAAUAUUCUUUUGAGGUGGAGUUUUCAUUUUUUAUUAAAUAUUUAAUAUAUCCAUGAAAAUUUUCAUGGUGGUAUUUACAAUACUUGUUUCAUAAAUUGCAGACCAGUCCUGAUCUAUAAAUAAAUAAUACAUGUGUCUUCUAUAUAUUUUAUUUAUUUAUUUUCUCUCUAUUUUUUUUUACAUACUUACAUUAUAUUGUUAUAAUAUAAUUUUAUUAAAACCUUAUAGUUUGUGUUUUGUAAUUUAUUAAUAGAUACUUAAACAGUUUAUGUUUUUUUUUACUUUUAAGGUCUGUAUGAAACUCAUUAUGGACCACCAAUGCCAGAUGGCAGACCCCACAAUUGACAGUUAUGCUGCAGCAAUUGUAAUUCAUAUUCACAUUAAACAGGAUGACUUGAGGUAAGAAUUGUUUGUUAAAUUUUAUUAUAAAAUGUUAAUUUUAUAAAAUUUCAUUGUCUUGUUGCAGACUUCAAGGAUGGUGAGACCAUGAACACCCUCUCCUAUAGUAUUAAUUUAAAUUAUGAUUCCUCUGUUACCUGCUGUUUCCAAAUAAGACUGGGUAAUGUUUUUUUUCUUCCGGUUUAGUAUUUUUUAAAUGUAUAACGUUAGCAGUAUGAAAAUUAUGUAAACAUUUAAUUUAAUCAAACAUUAAAUUCCUGGCAACUCAAGUAGUCACUUCAAUUCCUUAUUUUAUAUUAUUUUCAACAAUCAUAUUAUAGUUAUCACUUAUUGGUAUUAUAUCUAAUUUAUUGAACUGGAUAUACUUUUAAUCUUUACAUUUCAUUCAUAUCUGAUCACAAAGCAAUUGUUUUUAAUAAAACAAUCAUGAUUAAAAUUGAUUAAUUGUUUUAUUUUUGAAAAUAAUACUUUAAUGUGUAACAUUCCCUUAUUAUUUUGACACCUGAAAAACUGAUAACAUUUAUAAUAAUUUUCUAAAUUUACAAAAAUAAUAUAAUUUGUAAAUUUAAAAACCAAAUACAUCAUUAUGUAUUUAUAUUAACAUUAUUAAUAAAUGUAGGUGAUAAUAUAAUUUACUAAAAUAAUAAAUAAUUUAAAAUUAAAAAUAUGUUGUUAAGUAAUAAAUAUCAUAUUUUCUUCUUGUAUUAAGUCUAUUAAUGUUGAUUUUUUUUAAAAAAAUUUCUUUCAAAUAUAUGCAAGUUGUAAUUAAUUUAAAAUAUUAGAAUCGUAUAAUAUUUAAACUGAACCUUAAUUUCGAUCUACUUAUUAUCUUUUGGGAUUUUAAGUAACUUUUAGACCUGAUUGAGGCCAAAGUUAUGUUAUAAUUUUAGGGAUCUUUUAUUUCAUUUGUAUUAAAAAACUAACUUAUUAGUCAUCAUUAGCAAUUCUGUUAAUAAAUGAUUUUAAAAUAGUUCUAGUUUUGAACAUGGAUACCUAAAUAAAUUUUAAUUUAUGUGAUAAUGUUUAAGUUAAACAUUUUGUAUAUAUAUAUACUUAAAAUAUUGAAUGAGAAAAAUAUACUGCUAGUCAUCAAUGAAUUGAUUUCUUGUUCAUCAAAUUCGAGUAUUGGUGUAUUUAAUCUAUUGAAAUGAAAUUAAAAGAUAAUUAUAAUGGACAUCAAUACCAAUUGUAGCUCAUUAUACAAUCUUCUAAAAGUAAAUUUCUACAUAUUUACAAAAUAUAAUUAUUGUAACAGUUAUAAUGAUAAAUGUUUUCUAUGAGUUUGAUUUAUAAAACCUUUUUUUUAUUAUUUGAAAUAAUAUUUGUAUAAAUUGAUAAGUUUAAUCCAGUAAUUUUAGAUUCAAAUGAAAAUACCUAACAAGAAAAAUAUUUUUAAUUUUUAAAAUUAUUGUUAAACAUAUUUUUAGGUGAUAGUGCUUUAAAUAUUAAAAUUUUAAGGUUUAAUUCAAUAAUAUUAACAUUAUUGUUUAUAUCCAGUUUUACAAACUUUUGUUAUUAGAUACGAUAUUCUAUGAUAAUAUUUGUAUAUAUUUGCACUUUUUUAUUAUAUAUAAUAUAUAUACACUUAAAAAUUUCUGUUUCUUCAGCUUAAUUUAGUUUAAGAAUAUUAAGUUUAAUUUAAAAUCUUCAGAUUAGACAGUGUUUUCUAAUACACCAUCAGCUACAUUCCUUAUUCUAUACAUAUUUUUUUCUGUUUAGUAUGUAAGAAUAAUUCAGAUAAAUUUUUUUUCAUACAACGCUUAACAAUUUAGAAAAUAUUUUUUCUAGAUAUUUAAAAAUUAUAUUAUAGUAUUUAAAUUAACAAACAUGAUACUUAAUAUGUCUGAAUAUGUAAAAAAAAAAAAGUAAUAAAUAUUCUUAAAUUAUAAUUUAUUCAUACAUGUUAAAUAAUCAGUCUGUAUUUACACAUACAAUUAUUAUUAUUCUUAUAUUAUUAUUCAUUAUAAUUACAUUUUUAUUAUAAAUAAAACAAACUACUUCC